AAGUUCACUACUUAAUGUAUCGAGCAGCUCUUAGUAUUUAGAUAUUUCAAAUUCAUUUGACAAUAUUUUUUUGUUAAGUCACUUUUUCACCUCAAUUUCAAAUUCUAUCGGGUUUUAAAUUAAAAUUUCCUUUUGUGACAAUUUUGCCGAAAAUGUUUCCAAUGAAAAGUCGAGUGAUUUACACCCUUCUAAUUCUUACUACAUUCUCGGCUCAAUUAUGUUCAGCGGGCAGGUUUGAUUUUUCCAAUUUUUCCCGUAAUGGGCAAACUAUCACUGAUGGAGACAUUAACCGGCUUUCUGGAGGCAUGGAUAACAACUUCAAUAAUCUUUUCAAUGGAGAGGGCGAAAAAAAUGCGAUUCUAGGAGUAUUAUCGGAUAUCAUGGGGAAUGGAGACUCAAUAUCCAAGGAAGAAUUUGGAAGAAACCCCAUACAACGAUUGUUCAACAACAAACUGGCUUACGAACGUGCUCUCCUGAGACAACAAAUGGAAGCAGUCCGUCAAGCUAGGAGAACCAAAUGAUUCUAAUCAAAAGUUGAUUCUGCUCUUUCCUGAGUAAUGCAUUCAGAAUAAAUAAAACUGAAUCUUUAUCUGAA